AUGAAUCCGUGUGGCAAGACGAAGAUUAAAAAACGAAAACAAAAAGGAGACAACGAGGAAGCGGAAGCUGAUUAUGAAGAUGAGAGACGACCGAAGAAGAAGAAGAAGAAAGAGCUAUCACACCGAAGAUUGACCAAUCAAUUUGAGGAUAACAGUAUUCCUGAACCUUUGAUGACGCCUGAACCUUUGAUGACGCCUGAACCUUUGAUAGAACGUUCUGUUGGCACGAACUGGAACUUGGAUGAAUUCAUUCAAGAGGAUGGAGAAGUUCCGUCAACAUCAUGUUCACUGAUGUUUUUAUGGCUCUAUGUAAAAUUUAGAGCGAUUCAAAUACUGGGAAUCAAACAGGAAAAGGACAUGACAAAAGGGGUGGGAGCUGAUCAAGAAGAUGAGGGUGGAAAGAAGAAUAAAAAGCAGCGAUUGGACCAAAUAUCUAGCAUUCAGCAAGUGGAGGAUAACACCGAACCUGAUCCUUCAGCUAUGCCAUCUCGCUUGGAAGGUAUAGAUCUGGCAUCGUUUCAAUUAUGGUUAAAUUCGAUCAGACCUGGCACUUAA